AUGGCUGCUCCCUGAAGGCUUUCUCUCCGAAGUGUUUUCCCCUCGCUCGUAUCAGGAUCCGAGUUACAGACUUGCGUUUCUCCAGCAAUGUUCUGUAUCCGAGGCUGUGGCCGCCGGGUCGCGGCUUCGCUCACCAAACAGCACCUUGCGUCGGUCCGGUUCGGCGGUGACAGCGCGGCGCCCUGGACGCCGCACUUCGACGUAGUGGUCAUCGGCGGAGGACACGCAGGGACCGAAGCCGCCGCAGCAGCAGCUCGGUGCGGCUCCCGGACUCUGCUGCUCACGCACCGAGUGGACACCAUCGGUCAGAUGUCCUGUAAUCCUUCCUUUGGUGGCAUUGGAAAGGGGCAUUUAAUGAGGGAAGUCGAUGCCUUGGAUGGCCUGUGUUCUCGAAUCUGUGACCAGUCUGGUAUACAUUACAAAGUAUUAAACCGGCGCAAGGGACCAGCUGUUUGGGGUCUGAGAGCUCAAAUUGAUAGGAAGCUUUAUAAGCAGAACAUGCAGAAAGAAAUCCUCAAUACACCGCUGCUUACUGUUCAGGAGGGAGCUGUAGAAGAUCUCAUCCUUACAGAACCAGAGCCUGAGCACACUGGGAAAUACCGUGUCAGUGGCGUUGUUUUGGCGGAUGGAAGUACAGUGUAUGCAGAGAGUGUGGUUCUGACUACUGGGACGUUUCUGAGAGGCAUGAUUGUAAUCGGCUUGGAGAUGCAUCCAGCAGGACGUUUAGGGGAUCAGCCUUCCAUAGGGUUGGCUCAGACUCUGGAGAAGUUGGGGUUUGUGGUGGGAAGAUUGAAGACUGGAACUCCGCCCCGAAUUGCCAAAGAAUCCGUUAAUUUCAGCAUUCUAAACAAGCAGACACCAGAUAAUCCAUCCAUACCAUUCAGCUUUAUCAAUCAGACAGUGUGGAUUAAGCCAGAAGAUCAGCUGCCAUGUUACUUGACUCACACUAACCCUCGAGUGGAUGAGAUUGUCCUUGAGAACCUUCACCUUAACUGUCACGUUAAGGAAACUACAAGAGGACCCCGAUACUGUCCCUCCAUUGAAUCAAAGGUCUUGCGUUUUCCAAACCGUGUACAUCAAGUUUGGUUGGAACCUGAAGGAAUGGAUUCUGACCUCAUCUACCCCCAAGGGUUAUCUGUGACACUGCCAGCUGAAUUACAGGAGAAAAUGAUCACAUGCAUCAGAGGCCUGGAGAAUGCUAAAAUGAUUCAGCCAGGUUACGGUGUUCAGUAUGAUUACAUGGACCCCCGGCAGAUCUCUCCUUCUCUCGAGACUCAUUUGGUGCAGCGGCUGUUCUUUGCUGGACAGAUAAAUGGCACUACUGGUUACGAGGAAGCUGCAGCUCAAGGCGUGAUAGCUGGAAUCAAUGCAAGUCUUCGGGUCAGACACAAGCCUGCUUUUGUCAUUAGCCGAACAGAAGGUUACAUAGGAGUCUUGAUUGAUGACCUCACCACACUGGGCACCAACGAACCAUACCGCAUGUUUACCAGCCGAGCCGAGUUCCGUUUGUCACUGCGUCCUGAUAACGCCGACAGCAGGCUCACAUUCCGAGGGUACAAGGAAGCUGGUUGUGUGUCCCAACAACGAUAUGAAAGAGCUUCUUGGAUGAAGUCUUCUUUAGAAGAAGGCAUUUCUAUGCUAAAAUCCAUUGAGUUUUUAAGUACUAAAUGGAAAAACUUAAUUCCAGAGUCUUCUAUAAGUAGUGGUAAAAGUCUGCCUCUCAGAGCUCUUGAUGUUCUGAAGUAUGAGGAAGUUGACAUGGAGUUGUUGGCCAGGGCUGUUCCAGAGCCCUUGAAGAAGUACACCCAAUGUAGAGAGCUGGCCGAAAGACUGAAAAUAGAAGCCACUUAUGAAUCAGUACUGUUCCAUCAGCAACAAGAAAUAAAGGAAGUUCAGAGAGAUGAAGCUCUCCAACUACCAAAGGACCUAGAUUAUUUGACUCUCAAGGAUAUAUCUUUGUCCUAUGAAGUUCGAGAGAAGCUCCAUUUCAGUCGCCCACAGACGAUUGGGGCUGCCAGUCGUAUACCUGGAGUGACAGCUGCUGCCAUCGUCAACCUGCUCAGAUUUGUGAAGACCACUCAGCAAAGACAGGCAGCUAUGAAUAGAGUUCCCAAAAUUGAUCAACAGUUACGUGAUACAGACAGACUUGAAGAGAGUCAGUUGUAGCUUUCUAUUGAUAGAAGAGUUAAUCUGAACAGGAGUGUAGAC